AUGAAUGAGCGACCAAUUGAUAUUGGUGCGCAAAUUAUAUGGAGAGAAUUUUAUAUAGAGAGGGUUUUGCACGAUCGGCAAGAUCCUUUAUUGCUCCCGGAGGAAAUUCUGUACGAAAGAUACCGCUUUAGCCGAGGGGGAAUAUUGUACCUCAAAGAUUUAUUAGCUCUGUAUAUUCGAAGUCAAACUCGGCGAAGUUGGGCUCUCACAACCACACAGACAGUAUGCAUUGCUUUGAGGUUUCUUGCGAGCGGCACUUUUUUAUAUACAGUAGGCGAUGCAGAACAUCUAUCGAAAAGUGCAGUUUGCCAGGCAAUUCGUAAAGUGGCUCUGAAACAUUUUCUUCGGGUUUUCAUUGUGUUUCCUGGACACCUGCGUGUGCAGACAAUAAAAGAGGUGUUUCACGCCAUUGCAGGAUUUCCAAAUGUGAUUGGGGCACUGGAUUGUACGCAGAUCCGAAUAAAGGCCCCAUCAGGUCCAAAUGAGCCAGAUUACGUGAACAGAAAAGGCUUCCACAGUAUUAACGUGCAGAUGAUCUGUGAUGUAUCCUACCUAAUAUCAAAUGUGGAGGCUAAAUGGCCAGGGUCUGUUCAUGACUCAAGAAUUUUUAAGGAGUCACACCUGUAUCGGACAUUUGAACAAGGUAAUAAUCUAAUUAUUAAUCAUGGUGAUGUGUGUAUUGUAUUCACAAUUUUUACAUAUUCCACAGGUCAUCAUGAUGGAAUCCUGCUUGGGGACAGGGGAUAUGCCUGUAGGAAUUUUCUAAUGACCUCGUUUCCUUUACCAAACCCUGGGCCACAAACUAGAUAUAAUGCAGCUCUGACAAGGGCACGAAUUGAAAUGACCUUUGGCCAACUGAAGGAGAGAUUUCAAUGUCUAAAAAGGCUGAGGGUUGCACCUGACAGAGCAUGUGACAUAAUUGUUGCAUGCUCUGUCUUACACAACAUAGCGACCAUCAGAAAAGAGAGAGUCCCUGAGGUUUUGGUGCAGCCUGAUGAUGACCUUGACCCAGUACACCUUGACCAAAGCAGUGGCAGAGCUGCCAGAGACAGGAUUGUGGCCCAACAUUUCCAAUGAAAAAUGACAACAGUGGUUUCACACAAAACUGAUUUAUUAUAUAUUAUGGACUUUCAGCCUGUAAGGAGGAGAACAUAAAUUAAGGAUACACUCACGCAUACACAUCAUGGGAAAGAGAAGAGAAUUUUGUUACCAAUUGUUUUUGUAGUAUUUUAAUC